AUGAUAUCGGACAAGGUUUAUAAGCUCUGUACGAGUGAGGAGACAGUCUCCUCACUACUUGCAAAAGAUCCUACAAUGGCACCAGGAGAUGCCUGGAAGCAAUUAUAUGGAGGACAUGCGGCAGGGGAGAAGGAAAGUAAGAAUGAGGCAAGGAGGCAUCGAGAUACCAUAACGCCGGAGGAUUUGCAAAGAGCUUUAGAGUGUGGGAAAUGGGGUUCGACACAACCAAGUGAACUUUUCUUAAAGGUAAGAUACUUUCAUCUGCAAGAAAAUAUCAGUAUUGAUGAUUGGCAGAUGUAUCAUGAUGCAUUAUGUACUCUGGAUAAUAGUGUCAGCAAUUGUAUGGUCAGUCCGCCAUUGAUGGGAAGUUCUGGUGUUAUACCAUUGAGUGUGAUUUCAGUCGUACCGGAUAUUAUGCGACAUAUGUCAAAUCUGAUUGUUCGAGCCGAAAAAGAAGUUAUCCUAGCAACCAAUUACUGGCAGAAUUCGGUUGCCUCGAAAUAUAUUACGAAUGCAAUGAAGGAGCUUUCGAGAAGAGCUGGUGAGAGAGGAGAAAGAAUAGUGUUCAAACUACAAUACGAUAGAGGAAGUCCGAAACAGUUACUCGAUAACCAUUACAUGGUUCCAGAGAAAGAAUAUCUCGGCAAAGCUGUUGCACUUCCUACGGCGGCGGAAAUCCCAAAUCUCGAUCUUCAAGUCAUGAAUUAUCAUAGACCUAUGCUCGGAACAUUUCACUGCAAAUAUAUGAUUGUCGAUAGGAAAUUUGCGGUUCUUCAAAGUAAUAAUAUUCAGGAUAAUGAUAAUAUGGAGAUGAUGACACAUUUGGAAGGUCCAAUUGUUGAUUCUCUAUAUGAUAUGGCUUUGAUUUCUUGGCAUAAGAAAUUUGAGCCUCCAUUACCAAGUCAUAAUUCUCCUGCAGCUCAAGGUGGAUUGAGCUCAUUCCAAAGCAAACGUCACGAUGAGAUUUUUGAUCAAAAUGGUUCUAUUAGGGGUCACUCCGCUGUUGUACAUCCGGAAAGAAUGCAGGCACAACAAGCUUACUCUUAUGAACCUCGAGCUUCAAAUCGGCCGGGUUUCGAUCAUUCUGAGACUACAGCAAAUGGAGGUUCAACCACAGGUCCUUCAACAACCGAGAGUGUUACACAUCCUGUUGGAAGUACCAAUAAUGCGGAGAGCAUUAGAAAUGGAGUUGAACAAAUUCAAUUGAAUGGUGAUCAAAAUGUUAAUCAUGGAUUCGAAGAUAAAGAUCUCAAAACUAGAGAAAUGAUGGCCGAAAACGCAAGGGCGAUAGCAACCACAGGAGAUGCUGAACACAUUGUUCACACAAAAGAUGGCGAUAAACCAGUACCUAAUUCACCAGAAAGCGCAACCCAAGCUCAACAUGGUGUCAAUGGACCCGAUAUAGAGACUCAGGAAUUUCUAAGCAACGGAACUCAAGUAAUUCCUCAAUCACAAAUCGAACAUCCUUCACCAUCCGGUAAUCUUUUACCGGAACACACAACGGAUGAUCCUCAUUACGAUGAAGAUAUUGCAGGUGAAGUAGCUCGAGUUCAAACUGCUGUUUCUCCUAAAAAUGGAGAAACAAGGAUUGAAGCCGUUACUCGUCAUCUCAACCAUACCAGAAAUCCAGGAUUCAAAGGAAAUGCACCGGAUUGUGAACCACGAGAAGAAAUGACUCCUUACAUUCCUCAUCCAGUUCAUGAACCAUUCCCCAUUGCUAUGCUCUGUUUAUAA